AUGAGUUGUGCAGUUGACUUGGAACUGACGUCAGAUGAGGUUGCUAGGUUGAAGAAUGCAUUUAAGGAUCCAGAGUUUCGAAAACUCUUCAGGGAUUAUGCUGAAGAAAUAUCUGACCCUGCCAAUAAACAAAAAUAUGAAGAUGAAAUCCGGUUAAUGGAAUUGGAGCAGGGAAUAGAUGCACAGUUUGUCAAUCCUAUACCAGGACAUUGUUUAAAAACACGUCAUUGGCCAGAGGUUCCGCAAUUUUCGGAAAGAGACGUCGUUUUUAAAGAGAAGGAAGAACCAACACGCGAGUCCGUAAAAGUUUUCAUAAAUGUCUGUAAAUCUGAUAAAGUAGAAUGUCCAGAAAUGAAAUCGAUGAAAGGCAACUCAUCUGUACAAGGUGGUAGUGGAGUCUACUGGAGUCUUCCUCAUUGCUUUACUCCUCCUCGUGAAGACAUUGAUAAGGCAAAAAAGCGUGCUAUGGUUUAUGAUGUAGCGUUCCAUCCGGAAGCAUUUGAAUUAGCCAAUUCGUCUAUUGCUUUUAAAAGAUUGUUGAACUCAACAGCAAUCGAAGGUUUGCAGAAGCAAUACAAUUUAUAUUUUGGAAAAACUUUUGCACAGGCAUUACAGUUGUUCAAUUACAAAAAAAAUUCCCAAGCGGAGAAUUCCCAUAGCAAAUCACCUAGUACCAGUUGUACUUAUGAUGAUGAUUUUCUUAAGGCUGUCCAUCUGUUGAAGGGUGUACCAUACAAAGGCAUAGCACGACCAACAGUUAUUAGACGGCGGCGUUCAGAUUACGAGCAACGCCAAGCCGAAAUAAGAAAGCGGGAAGCUGAAGAUUUAAAGUCUUGCCAAACUACGGAACAAAGGCAAGCGAUUAAAAAACUCUCCUCCUAUCCAAAUUGUGGAGAUGCUGAGACUUCAAAUGACAAAGAAGUUCACAUGAGAUCCAACGAAAUAAAUGGACCCAUUAAACCAGACUAUACUAUAAUUUAUAGCUCAGAUUUCGACUUGAGCAACUGUCGAGAUUCUAAUGAUGUAAAUCCUCUUCGUCCACCAGACCGUUUGAAAGUCAGUGUUAAAUUGCCUGGUCUGAGCUCAUCGACAUGUGUUGAUCUGGAAGUAACGAAGACACAUUUACACCUGAAUAGUGAAAAACCAGUCGCAUAUCUACUUGAUCUAAAUUUACCCUAUGAAGUGAAUUAUACUGAAGGUACAGCAAAAUUUGACAAGUCUGUUCACACCCUAUUCAUUACACUACCCGUUGUCAAAAAUGAGGAAUCAACUGUUUCUAAACUUAAUGACAAUACUGUAAAUAUUGGUAAUAAUAAUAAUGAUAAUGAAGAGGAUUCAAAAGCUGUCCAAUCUAAUUCUACUACGAAUACUUCUGAUCAUGAAACUGUCUCAUCGAGCAAUGAAAGUCGAAAACGUGCACGCCGUAAACGCCGUAAACCGAAAAACAAAUCAAAUACUUCAAAUGGUAUAUUAAAAAGUACAUUGAAUACCUCACUCAAUGUUCAACCAUGUUCAGAUAACCGCAACAUCCUCUUGACUGGUAAUGGUACUAAAUUUACUGCUGUGCCUACUAUCGAAAAGUGUGUACCACAAAUAAAUGAACUAAUUGAACCACUGAGCAAUGGUGAAACAGCACUUGAAUCUGGAAAUAAUUUAGAAAAGAAAGAAGCUGUUAAUUUGUCAGUUUACUGUAGAGGCGAAGUUGAAGUGAAGCAAGUUCCUAGUUCACAAAUGAUUUUGUCGAAAGACAGGCGUUUAUCACCGGUCCGUUUUCGUCAGGACCCGUCCUCUUUGACUAUCCUGUUGGGUGUACGUGGUAUAUUGUCAACAUCAGUUACGGUGAAUUGGACUCAUCCUAUGCAUUUAGACUCCCCUAAUACUGGUAAUAUUUCUCAUCCACAACCAACUCACUUACUUUUACUGAUCACCUUCUCAAGUCGUGGGUCAGGUGGUUGUACCAUGGAUUGGGGCAUAGUAAUACGAUGUCCAUCUUCUCAUUCCUUUAACGAAUCCACUGGGAAUUAUGGAAGUGUUUCUGAAUGUUUCAAAUCACAUCAGUGCAGAAUGCCCCCUUUUGAACCUUCUCCUCCACAAAUAAUAUCUUGUCUCAUUUCUCUAACGAAUGGAGUUUUGGUGAUUCGAAAACCAAUAUGUAGUUGUGAUAGUUUACCCACCAACAAAAAGCCAUCUGGACUUUUAGCAGAUCGGGCUAUUUGGUGGAAGUCAGUCGCAAUCGGACGUACUUUAACAGCUGGUAUGCAAGAAUGUGCAUUCAUGGGAUGGAAUCAUUUUUGUUACAUUCUGAUUACCUUCCUAUUUCAUCUAAUUGUCGUCAACCAAUCAGUAAUGCAUCGUGUUCAGUUCUGA